UAAUUUUUGUCGGGGGUGGUGGUGUUGAUAUGAAAAAUUUGUCCGAACCUUUCUCUUCACUUUCACAAAAGAAGCGCCAACGAAUUUGGAUCCGAUACUCCAACCCUCAAUCUCUCUCUCACUCACUCCCCUCAACAGAUUGAAAGGUCACAAAACCUCUCUCUCUCUCUCUCUCCCUGGGUUAAAGUAACAUUAGAACGAUAUGGAUCGACUCAUGAGUUCUGCACGUCUCAUGAUAGUUUCAGAUCUUGACCAUACAAUGGUUGAUCAUCAUGAUCCUCAGAACCUUUCUCUGCUUAGGUUUAAUGCUUUGUGGGAAGCACAUUAUCGUCAUGAUUCUCUGCUUGUGUUCUCAACUGGAAGGUCUCCUACACUGUACAAGCAGUUGAGGAAGGAGAAACCAAUGCUAACCCCAGAUAUAACCAUAAUGUCCGUGGGAACUGAGAUAACAUAUGGUAAUUCAAUGGUGCCUGAUGAAGGUUGGGUUGAAUUCUUAAAUCAGAAAUGGGAUAGGAACAUAGUCACAGAGGAAUCCUGCAAGUUUUCUGAACUCACUCUUCAGGCAGAAACGGAGCAACGACUGCACAAGGUUAGCUUCUAUGUUCUGAAAGACAAGGCUCUGGAAGUAAUGAAAGCUCUUUCUGUGCAGUUGGAAAAACGUGGGUUGGAUGUUAAAGUAAUUUACAGUGGAGGGAUGGAUUUGGAUAUAUUGCCACAAGGUGCUGGCAAAGGGCAAGCUCUUGCUUAUUUGCACAAAAAAUUCAAGACAGAAGGAAAACUACCCCAAAACACUCUUGUUUGUGGAGACUCUGGAAAUGAUGCAGAAUUAUUCAGCAUUCCAGAUGUAUAUGGUGUCAUGGUAAGCAAUGCCCAGGAAGAAUUAUUGCAGUGGCAUGCUGAAAAUGCUAAGGGUAACCCUAACAUAAUCCAUGCAAUGAAGGUGUGCAUGCAGGAUACAAGCCAUGGACAUUUUAUAAACCUUGGCCCAAGCAAAUCUCCAAGAGAUAUAACGAACCCAUUGGAGACUAUCUCUGAAAAUUUUGAACCUGGACAUGACAUAGUAACUUUUUACUUGUUUUUAGAGAGGUGGAGGCAUGCAGAAAUGGAGUUUUCCGAGAUCUAUUUGGCUGGUCUGAGAGCAACUAGUUUUCCAUCCUAUGUUUUUGUACAUCCAUCUGGUAACGAGCUAUCUAUUAAUGACUGCAUAAAAGGAAUGAGGAGUUGCUAUGGGGAUAAACAAGGGAAACAAUAUCAGGUAUGGGUGGAUCAGAUUUCACGUACAGAGAUUGGUUCAAACAUAUGGCUAGUGAAGUUCAACAAGUGGGAGUCAUCAGGUGAAGAGCGGCGUGGUUGCGUGGCGACAACUGUAGUGAGUUCAAAGGAUCUGAGUGGUAUAGAUGGGUUUUCUUGGGUGCACAUGCACCAGUCAUGGUUAGAUGAAGCGGGACCAAAAGAUCAAGAUUGGGUCUAUUAGAUUGCGCUUGCAGUCCCCCACUCUGAAAACCAGUAUUUGUGUUUUUUUUUUUGUUUUUUUUAAACUUUUUAUUUUUAUUUUUUCCUUAUAUUAAAAUAAAUGUAUUGUAAAAAAAUACAUUUACUAGUUAUAUUUUCUUUUUGCAAUAUACAUAUUAUCAUCAACUCAGUUAAGAUGUCUUGUUUGUCACAAUAAUAUACUUGUUAUGAAGAGGAUUUAUGAGACGAUUUGCAUCAUCUUA